AUGAAAGUCGGACCAACGAUCACCGACGACGAUCGGCUGUUUUUGCAUACAUUAGAAGGGAUUGUCGAGUCGACCGGUAUGACAGCGCAAGCAAAAACCAGUUAUUUACCUUGUGAAAUUCUCUGGGGACAUCGGUUUCGGAAGCUGGUUACGUAUCAAAGAAGCAAUGGUUCUUACCAAAUCGAUUAUAAUCUAUUCAAUAGCACAUAUGUAGUAAAAACGCCACAUUGCAGUGCAAUGGAGCACUAUGCGCAAGAGAGCAGUCCAAAGGAGUAUUUCUGUCACGACAGCAAUGAGCGCAAGCUGGAAGACAGUCGAUCAUGGGAGUCCAGUCCAGCUCCAUCACCAUCUCCUUUCAGUUAUCCGGCUAGUCCUCUUCCGUCACAUCACACUUAUCCAGCCUGCAACCAUAACAAUAAUAACAACAGAAACAGUGAGGAAGCCUUGUUGAUCACUCCUCCGACUAUUGUUGUCCAGUGUCCUUCUACGUGCUCGUCGCCAAGUCAUCCGGCACGGCGCUCUUUGGACAGUCGACCAACGUUUAUCGCUUCUCUGUCGGAAAACUGUCGAACCGGAAGUAGCCUGUCUACUCGUCCAAGCACUGCUCUAUCUGAUUUGGAAGAAGAGUGUUCGGAUCACGGUUCGCCAACAAAUGGUACAGCAAAAACAGUAAGAAGCCGAGUAGAGGUGUCC